AUGUAUCCCAAAACAGAAGGCAGGGAUAGUAAAUUUCUCGAAUUAGUAAGAGAAAGCACCGACCCAUACGGGAGCCGUAAACAUAAAAAAGUGCUUAUGUGUUCGUCCCGAAAAAACUACAAGGAACAUAAUGUAGUGGCCAUAAAAAUGCAUUGCGUGCACGAGUGCAACGCGGGGGCAGGGGGCUCGAGACCCCUCCCUCGUGGGGUGUGUUUACCGCGCAUAGGGGCGGCCGGCACGAACUCAGAUCAAACCAGUGUUGUGGUAGGUCUCAACGAGAACGGUCGUAUCACAGAACGAAAUAAAUCGCGGAACAUGCCAACGUUUUAA